UAGUUUGCCGAAGCAAGAAAAACUCUUGACAGUGUGCUGCCGAAAUGCCAGGGAUUCUAUACUUGCUGCUAUUGCUCUACGUUGAUGCUGAUUAUGCGGCCAAGGUUAAGCGUUGGCGUAGCGAGCCCCUAAACAAUCCUCGUUGCAGCAUCAAAGAAAAGGCAAGGGGGAUUGGAGAGUGCCACAAACACAUGCGCACUUAUUUCUUUGAGGAGGAUCACUGCCACCAAAUGCUGGUGAUGGGAUGCUCCCUGGAGGGCAAGAAUCGUCAUUUGACUCAGCGCCACUGUGAACUAACAUGCGUAAAGCAAAUAAAAAGCAGGAACCAGGAUGAAGUUUUGCAUUAAGUGUUACACAAUCAGAACAGCCAAACCCAAUAAAUAUUGCAUGCCUUGAGUUAACUCUAAACGUA